AUGACUGAUUUCUCAAGACCUCUGGGAAGACCUCCGAGCAAACGAACAGGCCACAUAAAUGACAACAAUUUAGAGACAAGUGGUGACUCGCCUGCAUCAGCUGGGCAGCUCCAUCUGAGCGACCGAGAGGCUGAUAGUGGUGGCAUUGAAUAUCUCGAAACGGCCAUGUCCGAAGACCCUUUUGACGCAGAAAGCCUCGCAAAUUUUCUCAGUAAUGAGAGCCCCCUACCACCAGUUCACUUUGAUACUGCAUCCACACCGAAUGGAUUUGACCAUUUCAAUGGUGAUAUUCUGUCGCUAUUCAAUCUGUUAUCAAAGGACUUUUCAACAGAGUGGCCCGAGUUCGAGCCGACCAACAAGCUAGAUAACGCUGAAAAUCUUUCUAAUGCAUUUGACGAAGUCACCGAUAUUGGGAUUCAGAUAUCCGAUAUCCACCUUCGGAUUUCAAAGCAGCUCGUCUUGGUGCGGCAACUCCCCUGGGAUAAAGAAACGAUACUCAAGUUGCGCUGUUCUGAGGGCAGCAAUACCUUUAGGCAACCGCAUCAAAUUGAAUCGGUGGAGGAAUUCGAUCCCAUGACAAGUACUAUGUCUCUGAUUUCAGAGUUCACGCAACUCACCAAAGGUUUACGGGAACCAAACAAAGACGAUAACCGAAGAUUCUCCUCAGCUCAGCAUUUAGCGAACCCUUCACGGUUUAUGGACAAUGCCAAUCUCGCAACAAUGCUUUCGACAAAUAACAAACUUCUAUCAAUUUUCGAAUACAUCCUGUCGCGCGCUAUAUCCGCACUAUCGGACGCUAAACGGCAAAAUUCCACCAUUCCGCUAAGGCCUUUGCUGUCACUUGGAAAGUACGAGGUUUCACCCCAAAUCGAACGAAGUAUUGUCGCAAGACUAUUAUCAAAUCUAGUCAGUCAUGAGAUUGGUAUGCUUGAGCGUACUUUGGGAGUUCCCCCAGACUGGGCUGUAAUCCCUCAGGACUUCAAAGACGACUACCGUGGGUCAGCUAUGCUUGGUGGAACGCGAGGUGAGACAAUGCUCAAGGCGAUGAACGUAGAGGAGAGGGACGGAACGGACUCAAGCGAUCGGAAGGACUGUAUAGUAGACCUUCUCAGAAAGAGAAUUCAUGAGCUCGGACAGAUGAUGUAG